AGUUCGACGAGCAAGAACGCGGUUACGGUUGAAACGGCAUGAUUACUGGCUCACUGCGCUCCAUCGCCUUCAUCAGAACAUGGAUCUACAUUUGAAGAGCGCGGGUCUCGUGCUGGGACGCUCGAUGUACUCCAUGACAGCGAAUAGACUGCGGAGAAUAAUAAUGGAGGAUAGCAAGUCUUAUGAAGGUAGUUUUUUUUGGAAUUGAAGUUUCGAUAAGUGUAAUUGCACGUGUUGUUCGGAGGAUGGUUUUUUUUGACUUUGGACGCGCUCUCGUCCUGUAUGAGCACCCGUUCAUAGAUACCGCGGAUGUAUCAGCGAAAGAAGAUAUGGAACCGUAGCCAUUUUGGCUCAAGGUUCGUGCUAAGAAUUAUCCUAUUUCGCAGGAGUGUGCUGCAAAUCUAAAUUGGCUUCUUUCUUUUUUAUAAGGUUGGGGCUUAGGUCGUCUAGCGACGCUCAAAGCACAUAAGUAAAGCAGCCGGUUAGUUUUCCCUCUACUUAUAGACUUAUCCCUUCAAGCAAGAUAUGGAGCCUUGUCUUAGAUUUUCUGGCCCUGAACAUCCAGGUAUUCGGACGCGUCCAGUGUUCGACCAGACGCUACUCGUGUAUGGAAUAUCGAGGAUCGACUUGCUGUUGGUGGAACCGAGUCUGACGCGGCGAGCGACAGAACUUCCACCAAGAACACUGAAGUUAAGGCUACAGUAAAAAUUAGAGACAUGUUGAUCUUCCCAAGAAGCAUCUUCUUGGUGAUCCCGUUUCUUCUCAAGGCGAAUACAUCUUCCGACGCAUCUUCCUGCCCUUCCCGUUUGUUCUCGAGGGGAAAGAUCUUCCCACACAUCUUGCUGAUCCCGUUUGUUCUCGAGGGGAAAGCAACGGGCACCAGGAUGCCCUUGCAGAAGGUCUAUGGUCUAUGGUUGAAGCUCUAAGAGAAAAGAAGUUUUUUCGUUGGUUGGAAAAUCAUGUGGAGCCUCAGAGAGACCCGUUGAAGAAGUACAUCCAAGGCCCGCCGCUAGAGGCGAUCAUCAACCCACAGCGCACGGAGAAGGCGCCCUUACUGGAGACGCUCGAUAUGUACUUACGAAAGCGGGUGUCUUUGUCGUUGUGCAUCUUCCUUCAUCCGUUGUCUAAUUCCCUGUUCUCUAGAGUCAUCCCUUUAGAACAAGUCAAGAUUCUUUGAUCAAGUUGAGAGGAGCCAAGGCGGACCCUCACUAUGCCGUUGAGAUCCUCGGAAAGCUUAGACCCUAAAAAGCCUAGGCCCUAAAAAGCUUAGACCCUAAAAAUGCCCUAUUUAGUAGAAAAGAAACUAGCUCUAAUGGCCAUUACAGACGAGCCAGGUGCGUCUGCGUCACGAACAAGUAGUAGGGAGCACGGCGGCCCAAAACCAAGUACUAAAAGCAAGAAUGAUGAUGCGGAGCCGACGCGAGCUUCAUCUUCUGCCGGUCGAGUCGAGUCGAGAAUAAAAACAGAGAAGAUUAUGGCUGUCUAGAACAUGUCGACUUUCCAUGUAAUUGAAGUGUGGAGCAAUUGAGUAUACACUUAGCAGCUUCCUCCUCAGGGGCUUUAUUUCUUCUCUACCAACCUGGUGACUGGAUCCCGGCUGCUAGAAUAGUCUCCAUCUUAAACAUACUUCUCUAGUACCAGAAACCUCCCAUUCACCUCUACUUCUAAUAAGGAAUCAAGAAAAGGAAGAGGGCCCAGAGCAGAGGGCGAAGACGGUCGACAGGCCGUUUCAGAACAGCUUUCAGAGGAAGCAAAGAUGGAAAUAUUUGGCUACUCUGACAGCAAUAGUGGAAGCGUUGUAGACCUCAUCAGGGAACAACAGAGGAUGCACGACCCGAGAGUGCCAGAGUACUAUCUUUUUUUACAGCGAAAGCGUCUCAACCUCAUCAUCAAGCUCGUUAAAUCAAUGCCUUACAUUCUUUGGAUUUAAAGUUAUUUCCAAAGACUCAACAUACCAAGAGAAAGUUGUAAUGCUUUUGUUUCUCACUUUAAGUUCCGAAUCUGAAGACGCUGACAUAGCACGUGAUCUGCGUCGUUUUGAAUGUUCUUGAUUAUUUGAAGAUGUUGCUCACCAGGGCCGAAAGAAUAAAGCUUCGGAAGGAGGCCCGACAGCGAGCUCGAGCGCGGGAGGCCGAUCAAGAAAAGAGACGCUACGAGCGACGCGCGAAGCUUAGACGGCGCAUUGAGCGGGAUGCUCGUAACGAAGAAGAGCGCAGGCGGAUGAUGAACGAGUUCUGGUUGAUUAAGGCUAACGCAAGUAAGGACAUAAGUACCUUCUAAGUAGGCAAAUACUCCUGUCAGGGACGGGAAAGCCUAAGCCACCAUGCAGGCUUUCUUACACUAGAUGGAUGGAUAUUAUAACUGGGCUCCGAUCGUCUAAGUUGAACUAUCACAGCAGUAGCGCUAGUGAUGGCGGCAACCAGUCAGCCUCCGAGUGGGUGCAGGACUUCCAAGCACGACACCCAUUUGGUGUGGGCGACGGCGGCGACUCCUCACCGGGAGCCUCGCCACCGGGGUCACCCAGAUCGACUUAAGGAUCCGUCUAAUGCUACUUCAUCUUCAGUUUGUGAGUUCUCCCUUCAUGACUCAUCUCCAGCUUGAGAAAUUCAAAUCUUAAGAAGGCGAAGCAUCUUGAUCUCUGUCUCGUUUUUCACAGGGGAAGCGACGGCAAAGAUGUCUUUUAUGAUGAAUAAAUUUAUGUAGGUAAGGUGGUCGACCUUAGGUCAUCUAAUCGCUGCAACGCUCAAGGGGAGCAGGCGGAGAUGUGAGUCCUUCCUUCGCCGGAAGUAGUCCGGCGGCGGCGAGGCACGUGCAGCUGUCGGCAGGGAGCUACGGCGGUGCCAUAAGCACGUCUAUUAAGGGUUUCCACAUUACAUUCUCGACUAACAUUCUUGACCUUUUUCAGCAAAUGGUGAAAAAGGAUUGCCAAAAAGAAUGCAAUGCUGCAAACUUUAACUCUAGUGGUCUCGCUGGGUUCUCGUCCAACGUUGGAAAUCAGCGAAACCGAGCUUCCGAUCGGGGCCAGCACACAGCACUUCCUGUCGGAGUCCUUCCUGCUUCGCCACCUGGCACGACCGGGACUAGAUCAGGUGGACCGUCUCCGAAGAGGAAAUCACCACCCAAGAGCUCAAGUCCAGCAAAAGCGGGAAGUCAUGUUAUGUCUGUAAUUGAUCAACUGCUUAUUUGUAAUUAUUCUCGAACGGCCAUCUGAGGGGCACUCGCAUGACACAUAUUUGUAGUUAUUCCCCUUAUAAUAUUUCUGAGCAUCUUGUUGAUGUUUUUCCUACCGAUUACUACCAACAUCAGCGUGAUUUUCUCAAAAAUAACUGAAGGAAUACAAGUGAAUAGUAGGGCAUUGAUUUUGGUAAAGUCAAGUAAGGCAUUUCAGAAAACCAAGUGAAUAGUAAGGCAUUUUAGUAAAGAUACGGUUACUGACAUCUUCCUCUUGAUGCCUCACUUUCAUCUUUUCUCAGCAGCGCACCAACCAGGCAAGAGCGGCAGCCCCUCCUUCUCUAGCUGCCUCGCGGCCAUUGACGCAAACGAACGUUAGCAGCGUCCCUGGCGCAGCCUGCGACGCUGCGAGUGACAAAAGCGGCACGAUAGAGCGUGCGUCGAAAAGCACAGAAUUGAUGUCAGAGUCAACCGUGGGCGAAGUCAAUGUUACGGGAAGGGUUCUUGGGAGUUUUACGUUUAAGUGUUACUAUGUGACAGUGAGUGAAGUAAUCAUUUGAUAAUGUACUACCUCAAUAUACUUCUGACGUUAAGUCGUAGCCUGUAAUUGUGCACGAUCAUAGCAUCAGGAGCAGAAAGAUGCAUAGGAUGUAAAGGUUGGAAACGUGAAUGAGAAUGAAUUAUGGUAGCAAAUCUGUAAUUAUGGUAGCCAAUGAAAUUUCGACACCUCUAAUGAUGGUAGCAAAUGAAAUUUCGACACCUCUAAUGAUGGGACUGUGCUUGGCUCAGGUAGUGGAGAAACGAGUCAGACGGCGCGAAGAGCGAACAUUCGCUCAGGCUCGACUGGCACAAGCUAGGGGAAACCACAACUGAACGUAGUCUUUCAAUGUAUCAGCAAACACUGUAGAAGAACAUGAAGAUGCUAGUUCUGCAUGAGAAGAUUUGGCUCAAAGAAAGUUUAGAUCAUAUUGACGACCGUGAGGUAUUAUGUGUAGUUGAGGGUGGUUUUGAUUUGAGUACGAUAUUGUCUAUUACCAGUUAGGAGAAUUUCUCGGAUUUUUUUCACAAUAAGUUACACGCUGAUGCGAUAAUGCAUCUAUAGAAAAUGACUCGGAGGAAUGAUAUGGAGACUGUGGGUUCGGGAUAACAAAUUUUCAUCGUUUAACAUUCGCACAAAGCGCAAGUAGCUCGCCUUGCUACGGCAGAUACAGCUGGAAGAACUAUUGCGCUUCAUUUUAAGAGAAGAUAUUGCUAACAACAGGUCGAUAGAUAAUUUGGUUAGAUAAAUACUUCAAGUGCUGAUGCACGUCGAAAGAAUUCUGGAAUGAGACACCAUUCCUGUACAGACAGUCUAUGAAACCAUGAAUAAUCACAUGAUCGGUUCAUGUGCUAUAUGAUUACACAAGAAAGACAUAUAUAUAAAGGUUGGUAUUGGAUCGCUUUUCAUGAACACUAUGGAAUUUGCAAAGUAUCAAGUACGUUUAUUGGAAGAAGACGGAAGACACAAUGCUAAUGUUGGUUUGCGUAAAAAAAUGCUAUCUCGCGUCCACAGGAUCUUUGUCAACUAUGUCUAUGAUUAGACGUAAAGACGCUGUUGAAGAUAAAUGUGAAGGUUCGGGUGGAAGAGGAACACUAUCAUGAGAUAAAAAUCAUAACAUCAUAGUAGGUGGCAUCCCAUGAUGGUUUUUCGUAGUUUGUUCACUGCAACAGUCUUUUUGUGUAUUUGAUGUAGUCGUUUUUACUGAAUCUGAAUCUUUUAUAAUGAAAAGUUUUUGAUUUUUUCCCGUCGGCUACGUCGUUCCCUCGCUCCCGAGCGUAGAGGUGCGGCAGUCGCAGCGGCGGGGAGGUCGGUGCCCUGUGGAGGCAACCUGAUACAUAGAUUGACUGACUCCCGUCGGAUGCUUAGCGAGAACAUGAAAACGACUCAGUCCUGAUCUGGAAUACUUAGACUUACCACAUUCUUUCAAUAGUAGCAUACCAAUUGCGCCAUUCGCGCGAACCAACAUUAAAUCAAGUUUGAGAAAGACUGCUGUCGGCAAUGCGCAUUGUAAAGACUGCUCUCAACACAAGGUGACGAUAUACGUCAUUCUAGAAUUUCAAGAUGACAGCAUGCAACAUUUCAAGAAUCUAGGAAAAGCUAAUGGUAAUAGAUGCUCCUAAAGAUUUAGUCGUGUCCUCUUCCAGCUUGGCUGUAGAUUACGAGCGGAAACCCGCACAGAGUCGGC